CGCAAUUUUGGCAAACCCGGCAAUCACAAAGCAGACGUCGGCGCAUCAGUUUAAGCAAUUGACAACACGUGUUUAAUUCAUGUCGAAACAAAGAAUGAAGAAACGACAAUUAAAAGCUCCUGUCGAAGGGGAAAACGAGAAAAUUUUGGGUGACAAUGACACAGCGGAGAUCCAAGAUUUCAUAAGGCAGUUAGGGCUGGACAGCAUCGAUCCGAACACUUUGGAAAUUCCGGAAAACCUAAAAGAAAAAAGGACGAAAUCGAAAAAAAUUCCAAAUUUAAAAUUGACAGAAGUGCCUGGUACAAAUUUGGAAAAUAUUUCCAACCGAAAACCUGUUAAAACUAAGUAUCAGGAAUUCAAGCAAAACAAGUUUGAAAAUAGAAAGGCUGCAGUCGAAGAGGCAUCUAACAGCACCAGUACUUUGAAGCAACCUGUGCAAAACAAAAAAAUAAUAUUUGACAAUUCACAAUUGGGCAAAACCUCUUCAAAAAAUGAAGUUCCAAUCAUACCCCCAGUUGGAGUAUCACAUAAUCAUAACAAGAAAAUUGUUUUUGAUGAAGAUUAUAUAUCUAAGUCUUCUGGAGGCAAAUUGGAAGAAAAAACACCAGAGAGUGACAAUGCAUGGUAUCAUUUACUUAUUAAACCAGAUGUUCCCUGGUAUCAGCAGGAUAAACCAUUGAAAGCUGUUCGUGAAGUUUCCCCAGAAGAAGUAAACAAAUGUGAGGAAGAAGGCAAGAGAUAUUUAGAAGAAGAUGCCGUCAACUACCAGAAAGUUCGUGCAGUGGGAUCAGAUAGGUCGGAAACCAAAUGGAUUCAAACGGUAUUAAAGUCAGGAGCCUUUGCGGACAAAAUUGCCGCCCACACGUUAUUACUUCAAGAAUCCCCUGUCCAUAACUUACCUUCGCUUAAAUUUCUCAUUUCUCUCUUGGAUGUCAAGGGAAGAAGAGAAUGCAUGGCCUCAUUAGAUGCCUUGAUACGACUAUUCACAGAAGGAAGAGUUCUCAAUCCGAACGCCAAACUUUUUCUCAUGAACAAGAAGCCUAUCAGUGCCCUCUCGACGGUGACGCCGCGUGAACGCAAAGAGCUAUUAGCGCUAUGGUCUUUUGAGCAUCAAUUGAAAGACUACUACAACCAGUUCUUCAUAGCUUUGGAUGGGCUAUUGAAAGAUGCUGUUGAUACCACGCGUCGUAAAGGCAUAGCAGCAAUUGCUACUCUUUUGGCCUAUAGCCCUGAACAAGAGCAAGGUCUUUUGUCUAGACUUGUCAACAAAGUGGGUGAUCCUACUCGAGCAGUAGCAACUUCCACGGUCGGACAAUUGGAACGGUUACUUCAGCAACAUCCUCAGAUGAAGUUGGUCGUCGUGGCCGAAGUUGAACGCCUGCUUUAUCGUUCUAAUAUUAAUACGAAAGCACAAUAUUAUGCCUUGUGCUUCCUUUCGCAAAUACUUCUGGAUUCGGAUGAUGUUCCCCUAGCAACCAAACUCAUUAUCAUUUAUGUUACGUUCUUCAAAGCGUGCGUGAAAAAGGGUGAAGUUGAUUCUAAACUUAUGGCAGCCCUUUUGACUGGUCUAAAGAGAGCCUAUCCUUAUUCAAAAACUGUCACUAUCUCUGGUGGACCGCUUGAUGGUCACGUCGAUACCCUGUUUAAGCUGGUCCAUAUGGUUCGAUUCUCUUUAGCGACGCAAGUUCUUUGCAUUCUCGAUCAAAUUGUUGACAUCGACAAGAGCAAUUCCGACAGAUUUUAUUCCGUUUUAUUCCGAAAACUUUUUGAUCCUGACGUGGGACUUACAACAAAACAGUCCAUGUUCUUGAACUUGCUUUACCGUGCUUUGAAGCGAGACGAAUCGCUCCCUCGCCUGCGAACAUUUGUCAAAAGAAUUUUGCAAGUUUGCCUUGCAUGCCCGCCUCAGUUGGCCUGCGCUCUUCUUUAUCUUGUGUCAGAAUUGAUCAAGUCCCGUCCACAGUUGCAGAAUUUCCCAAAAGACGUCAUAACAAAAGAAUACGUGGAGGAAGACGAUGACGACGAGGAGCAUUACAAAGACGUUGAUAACGAUGACGAAGAAGAAGAUGCGGCAAAAAAAGAUGGAACGGGAAACGAAGAAAAGACUGUAACAUCCACAUGGGUUCACCGAAAAGGUUCUCAGUCGAAACUGAAGCCUAAAUCAGCAUAUGAUCCUUUUGCCCGCAAUCCAAUGUAUGCACGAGCUGAGAUGUCCGGCGGGAUGUGGGAAAUCAAUUUGUUGACCAAUCACUUUCAUCCAUCAGUUGCAUUGUUUGCCAAGACGAUUGUCGAAGGUACGCCAAUUGAGUAUACAGGCGACCCUUUGCAGGACUUUACUUUACCCCGGUUCUUGGAUCGUUUCGUCUUUAGGAACCCCAAACUAAUUUCAGCUGCCCAGGCCAAAUUACCUGCCCAACGACGCGUGUUAGGCAAAAGGAGUAUCUAUGUUCCGCGUGGCGUCAGGGCAAUGGCAGUUGACAGCAAAGAAUUUGCCAAACAGCCUAAGAAUAGCAUUCCUGCCGACGAAAUGUUCUUGUAUCAGUACUUCAAACAGCGCAUCUCUAGGGGUCCUCGUGCUGAAAAGAACAGUGAUGAUGAUGACAGCGACCAUGAAAGUGUCGCUAGCGAAGAGUUUGAACAGUACCUGGCCGAAAAUACUGACUUUGCAUCCGAUAUGAAACCAAAAUCGAAGCCCGACAAGAAAAAGAAGAAGAGUGAUAAAGAUGGAGAGGAUGAAGACGACGAGGAAGUUGACGGAGAUGGCGAAGAUGAUUUGCAAGAUGCUGAAGUUGAUUCUGAAGAAGAUUUCGACAAUGACGAAGAGUUCCAAGAUGCGUUUAAAGACUUUGAUGACAUGAUCGAUGGUAGCAAUGCUUCAGAUAUUGAGGGUGGUGAUGAGGAUCUCGGAGAGGAUGAUUUAGAAGAAGGUGGAUUCCGAGAAGAAGAUGUUGCAUUUUCUGACGACGGUGAUGAUGACGAUGACGACGAUGAUGAUGAUGAGCCCAUUGCACCACCGCCAAGCAAAUCGAAAUCCAAAAAGAGGGCUGUUGACGAAGAUAUUGACGAUUUAGAUUUCGCUUUUGGUGCCCAACCGAGCAGCAGCAAAAAGAAACGUAGUCGUGAUUUAUUCAAUGCUAAUGGUAACGACUUCGUCGCUGCCGAAGACUUUGCUGCCAUCCUUGAAGCCAACGCGGGGACUGGACUCAAUACUGCAGGAACGACAGAGGCUUUGGCUAAUAAAGACAAGGCUUCAGUGAAACAACUCCAGUGGGAAAUGUCUCGAGAUCGAUGGAUGAGGGAUCUUAAUCGGCCUAAAAAAGGAGGAAAGAAAAUGGGCAACAAAAACAAAAAAGGCAAAUCAGGACCCGCGUUCAGAAAAAACCGAGGCAAGCUUGGCAAACAAAGAUAAUCCUGUUGAUACACAUACAACUUUAAAAUACAACGAUGGUUAUUAAA